AUGCGUGACAACAUCUGUGACAAACUGCUCAGGUACUGGGACGAAUACAGGAGUAUUUGGUUGCAGGAGACGAGGACUCCAGACAACUCUGACAUAACCGUGGGCUGUGGUUACACUACGAUCUCUGUGGAGGUCGACCUCUGCACAGCUCAGUGGGCCGGCUUCAACGAGACACAGCUGGCUCUGAACGGAGCCCACAAUAACCCUCACUGCCUAGGCACUGUUGACACAAGUGUGGAUCCGCCCGUCCUCCGUUUCCAACUCCCCGUCAACGACAGUGAGGACAAUCCCUGCCGUCAAUCGCUGCAGAUUGUGGAUGAGGAAACGUCUCCCGAUGGCGCCUUUAGUGAUUUCCUCAGUAUCCAGUCAGUUCUACUGACAGGGUUCAUUGACACGCCCAGGGCGCAACAGGGGUUGGUCAGCUACUCCACCAACCUCACCUACGAAUUCUCCUGCCGUUAUCCCCUGCAGUACCUCCUUAAUGACACACAGAUUGUGGCAUCGUCAGUCUCUGUGGCGAAAGAUGAAAGAAAUGGAACGUUUAUUGAUUCACUAAAAAUAGCCAUCUUUAAUGACUCUGACUAUGCCCAUCCACUCGUGAUUCCUCCCACUGGACUUAAGCUGCGAACCUUGGUCUAUGUAGCAGUCGAGGCGAUCAACCUGACAGGGAAUUUUCAUGUACUUAUGGACCACUGCUUCAGCACGCCCAGUCCCUUCAACAUCAGCAACAGUGAGAAACACAGCUUUUUCACUGGCUGUGAAGUGAAUGAAAGGUCAAACCUAACAAGCAACGGUGAAUCCAAGACCGCCAAGUUCCACUUUGAAGCCUUCCGCUUCUUGAUGGGCCGUGACCAGACGAAGUCCUCUCUCUUUGUGCACUGUCUGGUGAGACUCUGUGAGCCCACCAAAUGUCAAGAGCUGCUGUCUAGUUGUAAUUUUAAGAAAAAAAGAUCCUUGACCCCCUUUGGAGACGUAGGCAAGGACUCAGCCACUCUCUCUGCCGGACCAAUUUAUACUGCGUCAGAUGGUAGGAGCAUUUUCAAAUGCAAUUACUUCAAAACAUUUGCAGUUGUUUUCAAAAUGCAAAAGAGGUGACAAAAUAAUUUUAUUUUUUCUUUAUGUAGAAACUACUGAUAUGGUUGAAAACGGUGAGUUUACUUUUAUUUACACAGGAACAUCUAAAGUAGAUACUGUACUGAUGCGGUCUAAAGUAACAGAACGUCCGUCUGUCUCUACCAGGUAUUCUUAUUUCAUCUGCUAACGAUGGCGUGCAUGUGAUGAACCUGUUGGUGCUCCUGGGCUCGGCUGCUGCUGUUUUGAUCAAUUCUGGCAGCUGGUCUUCUUGAAGAAUCUGAUUUGGCAGGAGGAUCACGUUGUACCUUUGGUUACGUAUCACUUCCUCUGUCGAUUGGUUCACGUAACUCUACAUGUUAUGCUAAAACAUGUUAUGAUAUGUUAAUAAAGGACAUGAUAAGUUGCAUGAAAAAUC